GUUUCCUUCCCCCCUCCCCUCCCCCUUUUCCCCCCUCCCCUUCCCCCCCCAAAUGUGGGCCGUACCCAUGGGGGAGGGGCAGCGGGAGCGCUGGGCCGCUCUGGUGGCGGCGGCCGAGGGUUACCGGGGGGCUACCGGGGCCGAGGUGGUGCUGCUGACGGCCUGGGGGGGCCCGGGGGGGCCCCGAGCUUACGCCCAUCACGGUCCCGGGCCUUUGGGUGCCGCCGCUCGCCGGUUUCUUCCCGAUAUCGCCGCAGCUCACCGGGCUUUAGCCGGGACCCCUACCCCUACCCCUCCCCCACCUCCCGUUCUUACCGCCCCUCCCCCACGGAGGGGAUCGACCCCCCCGGAGCGGCCCCCGGAGGGUGGGGGAGGGGGGGGCACGAGGAGGAGGAGGAGGAGGAAGGUGGCGCCCAGCGACGCGACCGGGCUGUUCCUGAUGGACGAGGACUGGCCCGGCCCCGAGGAGGAACCGCCCAGCCCCGAGUCCGAGCCCGAGAGCCCCGACGAGGGCAGCCCGGCCGAGGAAGGUCCCGCAGCGCCGGCCCCGCCCCCCCCCGGCCCCCCCCUCUACGCCCGGUCCCUGCCGGUCUCUGUCCCCGCGUGGCCCCGCCCCCCCGCGCCCCGCCCCCCGCCCGGCCACGGCUCCGCCCACAAGGCCUCCCCCGACCUGGAACGCAUCGCGGCCUCCAUGCGGGCACUGGCGCUGCGGGGGGGGGACGGCACCGAGAUGUUCGGGGACCUGCCCCGCCCCCGCCUGCUGGCAGGGGACCCCCAGUGACACCCCCCCCCCAAAAAAAAACCCCAACGCAGGGGGGCACCCCCAAAACCUAAGGGGCACCCCCAAAAUCUAUGGGGCACCCCCAAAACCCGGGGGGGGGGGAGCCCAAAAGCUGGAGCUGCACCCGCGUGCUCCCCCACCCCAAAAAAUGCUGAAAUGUGGGGGGGAGGGGUGGAAAUUUGGGGGCCCCCCCCAAAAAAAAUACAGGGGGGGCUGAGAUAAUGGGGACCCCCCCAAAAAAUAAGACCCCCCCUGAGGGGGAACCCCCAAACUUGGGGGGGGCAGAGGGAGCAGCCCCCCCACCCCAAAGCUGCACCCCGAGUUAUUUUGGGGGGCUGCCCCACCCCCACCCCAACACUACCGGGGGAGCCCCUCCCCCACAAGUGUCUUAUACGGGGGGCCCCCCCUUGCACAAGGAUUUGGGGACCCCCCCAAAAAAAAGGGGGGGCCCCGUGUUGACUGACACCCCCAAAAGUAUUGGGGGGGGUCCCGGCCCCCCCCACACCGAGGGGGCGGGGUUUGUCCCCCUAAAUUUGGGGUGUCCCCCCCCACCUGCUGCGGGGCCCCCCCCGGGCCCCCCCCUUUUAUACCAGAUUGAAGGGGGGUGGGAGGCCCCGCCCCUCUUUAUUUUUGUCCAAAGAUGAUUGGGUGGUGCCUGCUAAGGCCCCGCCCCCCGGCCAAUAAAGUGUUGUGUUUUAGCAA